ACCAAUAGAAAGACAAACAUCGAACUAAAUCUCUUAAAAAUUGACCAACUCAGAAUACAUCAAAAAGACAUAACAAUGUAUAACUGACGAAUCAAUAACCAAACUCCAAAAUGGUGUCUAGAAUCCAAAUCUAGUUAAUGCUGGUCUCCCUUUCCAAAUACUGCAUUCGUUAAGAAUAAGAAAAGGAGAGAAAGAACAUUAAUACACAACAGAACCGAACCUUUGAACAUUAAUCACUUCGAAACCAAUCACAUCCUCUUCCUUUUGCUCUGAUAUCGUUUGUACUCGCUUGUUUUGUUUUGUUUUGGCCAUCGCCGAAUUCAAAUUCGAGGGCGUAGCUUAGAACUGAUUCCUUUCGUGUUUUGAUCAAUCGGUUGCUCUCGUAUCAAUCGUUAUUCUGUCCGCUUCCAUGGCUGCGCCGCCUCUGUCUCUGUCUAAUAAGCCUGAGUUCUGGAACAGAAUGGAGGAAGCCACCCGUGAGAUUAUAGAGCAGGUUCAUCCAACACUUGCGUCCGAGGAUCGAAGAAGAGAUGUGACUGAUUAUAUGCAAAGACUAAUCAAAAUGACACUAGGAUGCGAGGUACAUGCUUUUGGAUCAGUCCCAUUGAAAACGUAUCUUCCGGAUGGAGACAUUGAUCUCACAACUUUUGGUGGACCGUGGAACGAUGAUGAACUGGCCCAUAAAGUUUUGGCUGUGCUUGAGAAUGAGAGGGAGAAACAUAAUGUGGAUCCCCGGUUUAUAAUUAAGGAUGUGAAGUUGAUACGUGCUGAGGUUUGUUUAUGUUAA